CUCAUUACUAUAUUUUGAAAAUACCAUACAGAAAAAUAAAAAGUAUUCACCUUUUACAUGCUAAAGUUCAUACAUUUGUAAAAAAAUUGCACUUUGAAAAAUAUUUGGCACAAAAACCGGGAAGGGAGAGGGGGAAUGUCAUCAAUUGUAUUAUUGUAUUGUAUUUACAACAAUAUUUUUGAUAUCUAAUCUGUGAUUCAAGUUUAUGUCUUCGUUCGCAAGAAUAAAUAGUUUUUGAUAAGAUAAUUGUUAGGGAUUCGUAUUUGCAUAAUGAUAAAACAAUACAAUGGGCUAAUAAGACUAUAGCAAAUGAAAUUCUUACAUUGUUGUUUUACGUAUCGUUGGUUGUCGUUUUUUGGUCGCAGCAGAAUGGAUCAUUUUGGCCUUACACACAUACUUCUCGAGCCAGAUAAAUAUAAUCCUGAUACUUUGGACUUGGUAGUUGAUGAAGAAGCAAGAGAAUAUUGGCUUAAUACUUGCGAAAAACUGACUGAAAAAUAUGUUAACUUUGCGUUGUCGAAUAACGAAGACCCUACAGUAGAAAUACGCGCCCUAAAAUUUAAAACUUGUUAUAUAGAAGCUUUGAAAGAACUCCGCAUUAACCCUGUUGCUCAUGGACAGUUGACCAUAAGAGUACUUCUUGAUAUCAAUGAAACAUGCCUCCGUUCUCAAGGUUUUUUUGAUUUAUGGAAGCAACAAAAGAAAUUUGAAAAUGAAAGUGCUUUGGCAACCUUGGGGUCCAGAUUGGCUGAGAUUGAUGCACUCCCUGACGAUAGACAGAGGUGGAUAGAGCUCUGUAAAGGAGUGUUAGCUGGCAACAUGUUUGAUUGGGGAGCUCAAGCCGUAACCAGUAUGCUGGAUAGUGGAUUAUAUGAAGCACUAGAAAAAAUUCAGAAAAGGCCAUGGCUGUGUGAUGGUUUAGAUAAAUGGCUUGAUAAACUGGAGAAAACUGUUCACCAUUGUGCUGCAGUAUUUGUUGACAAUAGUGGUGUUGAUGUAGUUCUUGGUAUUUUGCCAUUUGUGAGAGCAUUAUUACUGAGAGGUACAGCAGUCAUAUUAUGUGCCAAUGAGUGGCCUGCUCUAAAUGAUGUUACCAAUGUUGAACUAGAAGAGAUCUUACAGCACUCUGCACACAUUUGCCCUGUUAUCUCAGCAGCACUCUCUACAGGAGACUUAGUAGUAAGAUCAAGUGGACAAAGAGGUCCAUGCUUGGACCUUAGAACUAUAAGUGUAGGUUUAUGCACUGAAAUGAAAGUCCGUGGAGUGGACUUAAUCAUUUUAGAAGGAAUGGGAAGAGCUUUACAUACAAACCUAAAUGCUCGCCUUGCUGUAGAUUCAUUAAAAAUAGCAGUAGUCAAGAAUUCAUGGUUAGCACAGAGACUUGGAGGCCCACUCUUUUCUGUAAUCUUUAUUUAUGAAGAAAAAGAAACUAAAACAUAAUAUUUAAAUGAGUCAAGUUUAUAACUACAUUAUGUGACUGUCCCCAGUAUUCAUUUAGGAUUUGUAAGCCAUUGAUCUUUUGACACCAUUUCUAUGUAGUAAUAUCUUCGUAAUUGCGCAUUCAUAUUUUCGAAUGCUCAGUCCUGUGUUGAUGUUCUUAUAGUAAUUUUCGGAAUAUAUUGAGUGUUAUCCUGAA